CAUGUCGAUAAUUCAUCACCACACUGUCCCUCAUUAUUAUCGAUAAAGGCUGUGUCGCCAGAGAAUUCCGAAUUCUAGUGCGGUGUCUGCCUAUAAACCCACAUGAGUGUUUGGUUGCGAGGUCCAAACCCAUGAACUAUUUCACCGCUGACCUUGCCGUCAUUCUGUCUACAACCACACCAUACACCGAGAGCUACUUGCGUCUCCCAUACUUCGGGACUUCCUUUCUACACAUCCCACCACCACACAACUGUUCUUCUUUGGGAUUCCACAGGUCCCAGCGUUCCCACACCACAGCCGCUCUUUACUGGUGUGAUUUAUAAGCAUAGUCACCAUGGGAGACGCGCAGUCCGAUGCGGAGAAGAUCCGAAAUAAACGCCUGGCCAAACUAGGUGGAGGACGGUUUACAGGCUCGAACGUCACUCCCUCAACAAGCGACGUUUCGCAAGUUGAAGCGCCUCCCUCUGGAGUGCCGAAGGUAGAGGACAACCUGUCUUCGCAGCCGCCACAACAGCAACCUACGCGGACACCGCCAGUCGAGCCAUCAGGGCCUCGUGCCGCGAUGUCAGCGCCGAAAGGAGACUCGGUUGCGCCGCUGAGCAUGAAACCGGAAACACCAACGCCUACGAAGCCGAUUUCCACACCGCAGACACCCAACAGCACCACUCCACAACACACACCGCAGGGCAACAAGCAGCCGGCUUCGCGGCAAGGCGAGAGAGAAAAUCUCGAGACAUGGGAAGACCGGACACUGAGCAGCAUCUUCCGGCUCACGGUGAAAGGACAGAACACGGCGGACGGACUCGGGCAGAGGCUACACUUUGUCGAAGGAGUGAAGGCUGAUUUAGAAGAACAGGGUGAGCCGCUGAGGGUCAGCGUCGGGGUAUUGGAUGGAGCGAUUGUGGAGGCGGCCUCCAAUCUUUCCAAAGAAGAGCCGUUCAACUACUUGCUUGGAUGCUGGAAACGAGUGUCGCGGCAGUGGAGGAGCAUGAGUUCGUUGGGUCCCAACGACCCCAAAUUCGCCGUGAUCAAAGAAGCCAGGCGGCUGUGUAUGAGCUAUUGCAUCUUUGCCAUCACGAUGCCGGAGAUGUUCGGCCGGGAUACCCCCGAAACGAGCCCGCUCAUCGAGCAUCUUCUUGUCGACCCCGAGUGUGACUCAGGCAUCUGUCAUGACUUCCUUACCGAGGCGUCGUUGCGGUUCAAAGAGGACGAUAGUAUCAAAGAUGCUCUGCUAGCUGCGGUCGAGCAACUCAGUGAGAAACUGAAGAAGCUCUCCAUGAACGACAACUACAAGCCAUAUAUGUUAGCGAUCCGGAACCUGGUCCGUUAUCCCCUCGUCGUCGAUGCUAUGACGAAGUCACCACAGUUCCUCCCCUCCAGCAUCACAGCAUCCACAAUCGAAACAGAUACGUUACUCGGCCCGUUCUUCCGCCUCUCUCCCCUUUCUGGAGACGUCGCCGAGAACUAUUUUAAUGGAUCGCGGAACAAGCCGGAGAAUCAGAUCCUGGAGGCGCAACGCGCCUUGCGCAUGACCCUUCAGACCCACCAGGACGAGUUAUUCGAUAUCGCGAACUUCAUCAUCAAGGCAUCCAAGGAGCCGCGGGAGCGAAUGCUGGACUGGCUCGCCAUGACGGUCAACCUCAACCAUAAGCGAAGAGCCAUACAAGUCGACCCUGCGGCUGUUGCAACGGAUCCGUUUAUGGUCAAUGUGACGGUCAUUCUGGAUCGAUUGUGCGAGCCUUUCAUGGACGCUACGUUCUCGAAGAUUGAUAGAAUCGACGUGGCGUAUUUCCGACGAUCACCUCGGCUCGACAUCAGCGACGAGACGAAGUUCAACGCAGAUCAAAAGAAGUCGGACGAAUUCUAUACGGAGCAAGUCGAAGGCACGUCUAACUUCAUUUCCGAGCUGUUCUUCCUCACUGUCGCGGCUCAUCGCUAUGGGAUGGAAGCCGUGAGCUCGAAGCUAUCAGAUCACCAAAAGGACUUGCAGCGCAUGGAAAAGAUGGUAGAGAAGUUCGAAACCGAAAGGCACAAAUACACCCAUAAUCCUGGGCAGUUGCGGCUGUUCGAAGCGGCACUGAAGAAGUACAAGGACCAGAUCGAGCGAGGCUACUCCGUAUUCCGCGCUCAUCAGGGUGUGCUUCUCGAUGAACUCACCCAGGCUCGUUCGAUGCAGUUCAUGCGAUAUGUCAUUGUUUUCCUAAUUCGGCUGGCGUCCCCGACUUGCAGUUAUCCGACCAAACCAUUGGAACUCCCGCUCCCGGAGGACGUCCCCGAAGUGUUCGAGUGUUUACCCGAAUACUUCUUGGAGGUGAUCGUGGAUAACUUCAAGUUCAUCACCCGGACCAUGCCUCACAUCAUCACCUCAACACAGUGUGAAGAGCUCAUGGUGAUCUGCAUCACUUUUCUCCGCAGCUCCGAAUACAUCAAAAACCCUUAUCUCAAAGCGGGCCUGGUCAGUAUCUUGUUCCACGGUACCUUCGGGUUCAGGGGUCGCCCUAAAGGAGUCCUAGGGGACCUUCUCAUUGGGUCGCCGUUCGCCUUGAAGCACCUCCUCCAUGCGCUCAUGCAGUUCUUUAUUGAAGUGGAAAGUACCGGAGCUCAUACGCAAUUCUUUGACAAAUUCAACAUUCGGUACGAGAUCUUUCAGAUCAUCAAAUCUGUCUGGUCAAACACCAUCUAUCGGGACAACCUUGGGACCGAAGCCAAGGUCAAUCUAGACUUUUUCGUGCGGUUUGUUAAUCUCCUGUUGAACGACGUCACCUUCGUCCUCGAUGAGUCGUUCAACGCCUUCACUACCAUACACGACCUACAACGAGAACUGAACCAACCAGGGAACACUGGUAUGGACGAGAAUACAAGAAGGGAGAAAGAAGAAGCCCUUUCUUCCGCGCAAGGCAGAGCGAAGGGAUACAUGCAAUUGACCAAUGAGACGGUCUCCAUGCUCACACUCUUCACCGAAACUUUAGCUAAGUCUUUUACAAUGCCGGAAAUUGUUCAGCGACUAGCAGAUAUGCUUGAUUACAAUCUUGAUGCCCUCGUCGGCCCCAAACAAACCAAUCUCAAGGUCGACAACCCGGCCGAAUACGGCUUCCGGCCCAAAGACCUGCUAGCCGAUAUAUUCGACGUAUACCUGAACUUGCGCGAAAGGCCGAACUUCAUCACCGCCAUCGCCCGCGACGGCCGAUCCUACAAGCCGCAGAACUUCAUCCAAGCGGCGAAUAUCAUGAAGCGGUUUAGCUACAAGUCGCAAGAGGACCUGCAGAAGUGGGAGGACCUGGCCGCCAAGGUCCAGGUCGCGAAACAAGCGGACCAGCAAGCGGAGGAAGACUUGGGAGAAAUCCCCGACGAGUUCUUGGAUCCCCUUGUCUACACGCUGAUGGAGGAUCCCGUGAUAUUGCCGACGAGUCGCGUCACGAUCGAUCGCAGCACUAUUCGGAGCCAUUUGCUGAGUGAUCCACACGACCCUUUCAAUCGGACACCGUUGAAGAUCGAAGACGUCCUUCCGGACACUGAGAUGAUCGCUCGGAUCGAGGCAUUCAAGCAGGAGAAACUGCAGCAAAAGUUGGCCGCUGCUGUUCCAGGGGAGGGUGAGCCGAUGGACACAUCUUAGCUAGCCAAUGCUGGGAUUCCGCAUGUCGGCCAAUGCUUCUGCCUCGGAAAAGGGAGGUUUCCAGGGUCGUUCCGCAUUUCAGGCGAGUAGGUGGGGGCAUGCUGCGUUGGCUUUCAGAAUAUAGACUGCCUCUGUGCUAUCACAAGCAGAUGCGAUAUCUAAACGAGCAUUCAUGGUUAGCGUGAAGGUUCAGCGUUCAUCUGCACCAGGUAUUCGCCUACGUCAGAAGAGCCGAUCCACCAGGCGAGCCCAGCUUGACAUUCCGCGCUGUCUCUCGACCCUCCUGCAUGCUCUGCAUGCUCCAGCAUGACAUGGCUUCAAUUCGAAUUCUUCCUCUCCAACAGUGCUGCAUCGUAC